AUGUUUGUCGUGUUCAAAAAUUAUCAAAAGGUCUACAUCGACUUGUUGGAAGCCUACAGAAAAGCAGAGAGCAAUGAUUUGUCCCUGACUCUUCACUCCAACUCCAAAAUCUAUGUCUCAAUGUCUUUGACACCAGAGGAGCAUGAAAAUCAGAAUUCCCCAACUAUGAUACGACUUCUUACUCUACUUCCUGGUUCGAGACAGGAUUCGAUAGAAUGCUUUCUAAACAGAGCCUAUCUCUCCAAAAGUGAAAUGCCAGAAUUCGACGCUUUAUCAUACGUCUGGGGGCGAGACGCACCAGGAAACAGCAUAACCAUCAAUGGCAGCUCCUUCGUGGUUUCUGCUUCUGUCUAUCAGGCACUGACCCACCUCCGGCAUGCCAGAAGCUCCAGGACCUUAUGGAUAGAUGCAAUCUGCAUCAAUCAAUGCGACAUUGACGAACGGGCUGCACAGGUUUUGAUCAUGUCCAAAAUUUAUUGCAAAGCCCAAAAUGUGUUGGUAUGGCUGGGGCCUCGCGUUCCAUUAGGGCUUCCUCACGUGCUGGAACAUAUCAAGGCACUUUCGCAAAACAGCAGACCGCGCUCACAGCGAGAACCCAGCAGUAUACAUUACGGCACUGUUAAAGCCAUCAUCAAGCUUCUAGAACAUCCUUGGUGGAGUAGAGUGUGGGUGGUGCAGGAGAUUGUUGUCGCACGACAGGCUUUCAUUAUCUGUGGAAGACAGAAAAUCGAAUGGAACAGGUUCUGCCGCCUCGUACACUCUGUCGCAUCAUAUCAUUCAUUCCAUCAGCACAGCCGAGGAGCUCACUUCAAGGAAUUUAUUGCAUUGGAAGCCUAUUGCAGGAAUCGUGCCGGCGCUUUUGACCGUCAUGGGCUAGAGAAUGAAGUCUUGUUGGCGAGAGGUACCGCCUCCGAUGUGCUAUCUCCCGUCUUUGAUUUCCGGAUGAGAGACGCAACAGACGUACGAGACAAGAUAUUUGCACUGCAAGGCGUGAUAGAUGCACCAAUCCUUCAGAAGCCCGACUAUACCAAGCAGGCAUAUGAACUGACCCUUGGGUUUUCAAAGCAACACAUUCGAAACUCCAAAGGUCUUUCCAUAUUAAAUCUAGCUGAUUGUAUGCAACAAUCCAGUUUCCAUUUAUCUGGGAUCAACCAUCGACGCUCAUUUUUGGCUCAAGUCCUCAAGGAUAUUGAGGAACGGACCACGACUAAGGAGACGAUUGUUAGUGAACCCGCUGUACCCAGUUGGUGUCCUGCUUUCAUGAACCCUACAGCGAUUGCGGAAGGCGUCCAUAGAAGGCCUUUAUGGACAGGGCUUCCUGGGAACGACUGUACUGGUCCUUUCAGUGCAACUGAUAAUAUGUCCGUUUCGGAAUACACCAUGACCAAUUUUUUCAAUGAUGAAAAUGCAUCUAAGCUGCCGAUAACGGCCCUUUUGGAACUUCGAGAUACUGUAUCUGCCAUCGGGCCUGUUUAUAGUCCUUCUGUGUUCCAUUUGAGGCACGAUAUGCGGCAGGUAUUACAGCGCCGCUUGCCUCACGCUCGUUCGUCUUUGACCGGCCUCUGGGACAGCACGAAGGUUCUCGACGAGUGGCGGAAGCUAUGGCAUAAAGUGUACGUAAGCCGCACGUCGCUUGAGUCCACCUCAUCCCACCAGACACCAUUUGAUGAAAAUGGAAUCUUCAACCUUACGCUACACGGAGGUAAGCAAGGCUUUGACAUUAUGGACCAGAAACACUCUGCUUUGCGAGAUGCAGUUUGUACCGGACGCCAAUUCUUCACAACAGAACGUGGGCUUUGUGGCCUGGGACCACAGGGCCUUAGAGUCGGAGACGAAACACAUGUCAUCCUAGGCUGCCAGGUCCCCGUUGUGCUGCGAAGGUAUCUUGAUCACCAGGAUCAUGAUACGUUGAAAGUAAGGACUGAAGAUCAGAAAGAAAGGGAACUGAUCUAUGUUGGCCAGGCUUACAUAAAUGAACUGAUGGUGUACAAUGGUGAUCUAUCCGAAGAUAUUCGCACUGGCAAAGUGACACUAGAGGAAAGGUUCUUGAUCUAG